CUGCUUCUAGUUCGUUCGUUCAUUCGUUCAGUUUAUCCCCUCUUCUAAUUUGACUACUGUUAUCCUUCCUGCAUCUAUCGCAUCUAGAUGUCUAUCACCUCGUUCUUGGCUCAGUGGAUGGACCUGGGCGGCAGGAGCACGAUGGCCGGCAAGAACCGCUCCUCGCCGUUGCUGGCUACCAGCCGUCGGAUCCGGAAGCCUGUUCGGUCGUCUGCGAGGCGGAAGAUAGGUGGGAAGGUGAAGUUGAGGCCGAAGGUCAGAAAUGGGAGGAAGGGAGCGGCAGAGGAGGGGGAGAUGAUUGGGGAGCCGCCGCUUACAAGUCCUCUCGUGAACCCCGUAGUCAGCGUGAUCGUGGGCCCGGACCGGCGUCUCUUCGUCGCGCACGAAGACGUGCUCGCCCGGGCUACUUUCUUUGGCGCUGUGCUGGAGGACCAGUUCACUGAGAGCGGCUUGAAUAAGGUGGUGGCUUUGCCCGAUGAGGACCCAGAAGUCUUCUCGUGUCUCCUUGAACUGCUCUACAAGGGCGACUACUACCCGCGUCUUUUGUAUGUUGACGACGGUGCCAGCUCCACGUCCGCUCCUGUAUGGUACCUCGAGGAGGAGGAUGACCAGGAGAAGAACGGGAUGCAGCAAGCCACCACCGCCCCCAGCGGUGUCAGCAGGAGCAACAACCACCAAGUUCACCCAACCCGUAACAUCUCCCCAACCGCAGCCCUCCACCACCACCGCGCGGGCCUCAUCCUCCGCGACACGGCCAUCUAUUGCGCCGCCGUGCACUACGGUCUACCCGAUGCUCUGGCGCAUCUCGCGCUGCGCAAACAGGGCCUCCGGACCGGGAUCGCCGUCGAUGUGAUUCUGCGGUCUGCGCAGUUUGCAUACGAGCACACGCUCGACUCGGAGGAUCGGCUGCGCGCACGCUACCUGGCGAUGAUCAUCCGGUCGCGCGCGGUGUUCCGGGAGAGUGGGACGAUGCAGGCGGAGAUGGAGCGGGGGCAUCCCUUCUUUUUUGAUCUGUUUGUGGCGUUGUGUAAUCGGGUGGAUGAUUUGGAAAAGAAGGUGAGGGAGGCGGAGGGUGAUGGUAUCGCUGAGUAGGGCUAAGCUUGUGCGUCUAACCUAUCAUGAUGCGAUAUGGUAUGAUGCAUGGACUGGAUGUCUUGCUGGGCUUGGAUCGAGCCCUUUUUGUGAAUCGUUUGUCUGGUUACUGCGACACAUAUAUCAAAAAUACCCGUAUGCACAGCAUAGGGGACAA